UAAAAAAAAAGACUCCUUUAUAAAACUGUUAAACAUAUAGAAGUAGAGUGAUUAAUAUAGUGAACCCCUAUAUAUCCAUCACCCAGUUUUAAUAAUUAUUGAACUAAUGUCCCGUUUUCUUUCAUUUGCCACCCCCCCGCCAUUAACCUCCUUCCAGCUCUGAUUUGUUUUGAAGUAAAUCCCAGCACUAUAACAAAUACUUCUUUAAAAAAGAAAAAAUUUGGACACUUGCAUCAAAGGAGCCAGAACCCCCUCUACUUAGACUCGGACAGGAAGGGGAACUAUCAAGGAGAGACUGUGAUACCAUCCGGGGUCUGGGCUGAGGUGUCCAUCAGCCUGGAAGUACAUUCAGAGUACUGCUUGUGGGAAGCUGAUCAUCAUGGCAAUCUCUGUGGCACGUGGCACAAGGAGCUAGUAAGACAGCACUUGCCGUUCCUGCCUGAGUAGUUGCAGCAGGAAGCCCCAGUGUGUCUUGGUUUGAGAAUGCUUUAUACUAUAUUGAGUCUCUCUUCAGCCUGGCAUGGGGGCUCCAUGUACAAACCUAAAUAUUUCAGCCAUUGACCUGCUCUUUCCCAAGUGUGUCGGGAGGAUGGAGGGAGCCUAGAUUCCAUUGCAGAUGGAAUGCAGCCUUCUGGAAUGCUUGAAAGGAAAGCUCAGCAAUGAAGGCUGGGGUGAAGAAGGGAUAGCCAUUUCAGAAAACCAUGCUGCCUGCAGGAGCAGGGAGGAAGAGUCACUUUCUUCCAAGAAUGUGUCUAUUACACCCUGCCAUUUCCUGGGUAUCAUAGCCAGAAAUUACUCAUUUCUGGAAAAUCAUUCAUGAGCUUUCUAUUGAGGAAGUCAAAGAGAGAGCAGAGUUCUCAAAGUUAGUUAGGUCAUUGGUAUUUUCUUAUGCCGUCAGUCAUUAUUUUGUUUUCCACUGUCAUCCUCACGCUGUAUCUGUUUUCUUAAUCCAGAUUCAUAGCUCUCACUUUAGUGCUUUCUGAUCUGUUUAUCAUACUCAUUCAAUAAAUUCUUAUUGAGGGCCCUCUGCAGGAAUUGUGUUACACUGGUGAACAAGCUAUACCUGAUGUAUGUCCGCUCCUUUGUAUAUCUCCAGAAAAGUCUGUCCAGCCCUGUUAAGUAGAGACAAGAAGUUUAGAAAGUGGUAUGUGUAUCCUGUGUACCGCUAGGAGUCUAGGCAAACGGACAUGGGUUGCAGGCCACUGUAGCAUGGUGUGGACCCAAUCUCCCUUCCUAAUCUUUGGUGUGAUGGCAAAGGUUUGGAGAGUAACACAAGCAGCAGGCUUCUGAGUUUGCUGCAGUGGAGUAUGGCCAUCCCUUCAGCCCAGCCUUCAUUGCUGAGCUUUCCUUUCAAGCAACAGUGCUGGAACAGACUGAGCAGAACAGCUCAGACAUGGCCCAUAUGAUUUUUCUUUUCCUCCCAUUGAUGCCAGCCAAAGUCUGCCAAGGAGAGUUGACUGAUCAGCAAUGCCAGGAAGAUCUCCCUUUCCUCUGAACCAGAUGCAGCUGCUCCACAGUUACUCCUGAGUUCAUUAUUCUCAUUUUUGCUAACUAACCUUGAUGCCUUUUCCUAUAGAAUAGCUUUCCUCUCUGAUCACUACUUUCUGCUCAGCGGUGCUUGUUGUGGCUACAGGUGGUCUUCCCCCAGUAAGUGGGAACUCAUUGAGGACAGAGACCAUGAGGACCUGCCCCAUCAACACUUGGCAUAGCUUGAAAUGCAAGGACAAGAAUUGGCAGCAAGCACAAUGAUAUAUUGUGGUCUUGAUUCUGAAGGAUAUCCGACAUGAAGCCAGUGACUUCCCAUGUAGAGUGGCCAAGCUUCCCAAAAACAAAAACCGAAACAGGUACAGAGAUGUCAGUCCCUUUGACCAUAGUCGGAUUAAACUCCAUCAAGAAGAUAACGACUAUAUCAAUGCUAGUUUGAUAGAAAUGGAAGAAGCACAGAGAAGUUACAUUCUUACCCAGGGCCCACUGCCUAAUACAUGCGGUCACUUUUGGGAGAUGGUGUGGGAGCAGAAAAGCAGGGGCGUGGUCAUGCUCAACAGAGUGAUGGAAAAGGGAUCGUUAAAAUGUGCACAGUACUGGCCACAAAAAGAAGAAAAAGAAAUGAUCUUUGAAGACACAAAUUUGAAAUUAACAUUGAUCUCUGAAGAUAUUAAGUCAUAUUAUACGGUACGACAACUGGAAUUGGAAAACCUCACGUCUAAAGAAACUCGAGAGAUCCUACAUUUCCACUAUACCACAUGGCCUGACUUCGGAGUCCCCGAAUCGCCAGCCUCGUUCCUGAACUUUCUUUUCAAAGUCCGAGAGUCAGGGUCACUCAGCGUGGAGCACGGCCCCAUCGUGGUGCACUGCAGCGCCGGCAUCGGCAGGUCUGGGACCUUCUGUCUUGCCGACACCUGUCUCUUGCUGAUGGACAAAAGGAAAGACCCUUCUUCUGUUGACAUCAAGAAAGUUCUGUUAGAAAUGAGGAAGUUCCGGAUGGGACUGAUCCAGACAGCAGACCAGCUCCGUUUCUCCUACCUCGCUGUGAUCGAAGGUGCCAAAUUCAUCAUGGGAGACUCUUCAGUGCAGGAGCAAUGGAAGGAGCUCUCCCACGAGGACCUGGAGCCCCCGCCUGAGCAUGUCCCACCCCCUCCCCGACCACCCAAACGAAUCCUGGAGCCACACAAUGGGAAAUGCAAGGAGUUCUUCCCAAACCACCAGUGGGUAAAGGAUGAGUCCGAGGAGGAUAAAGAAGACGGUCCCAUCAAGGAAGAAACCAGAACCCCCUUAAAUGUUCCCUGCAACAUGGAAAGCACGAGUCAAGACACUGAAGUCAGAAGGCGGGUCACAGGGGCAGGCCCUACCCAGGAGGAGCCGUCACCACCCAAGGAGGAGCAGGACCAGGCGCUGACUCACUGGAAGCCCUUUCUGGUCAACAUGUGCAUGGCCACGGUCCUCACGGCUGGUGCGUACCUCUGCUACAGGGUGUGUUUCCACUGACGGACUGCUGGCAAGAUCGCGUGACAGAAGCACUGGCCGGCAGCCUGGCAUUAGCUUUCAGUGCUGGGCAAGGAUCUGAGCCAGUCUCAGAAGAAACAGAUCAAAGGUUAAAGUCUGGAACUGUGAAGGGCUAACAAGAGAGGAUUGAGGAUUGAUGCACUGGGGUUUUAAGGAGCCCUGUGGUCCCAAGAAUACAAGCGUCUAAUCUCAGGGCCUUAACCUAUUCAGGAGUAAGUAGAGAAAAUGCCAAAUACAUCUCUCUCUCUCUUCUUUUUUUUUUUUUUGUUCAUUUGUUUUUGGAAAAAAAUAGAAUUACAACACAUUGUUGUUUUUAACCUUUAUAAAAAGUAGCUUUUUGUUAUUUCUGGGGGGGAAAAGAGACUAGGCACUUAGGAAACUUUCUUGUACCCUUAGGUGGUGUAAGCUGAUACACAUUCUAUUUGAUUUCCCAGGGAAGGACUCCCACCCUUGGAGGAACGUGGAGUCCUCUGGAGAAGAGGGUUUAGGAUCUAGGACGCUGCCUUGCUCAGUCACUUCCUCUGCUGUGUGUACACUGAGCUGGGCAGGGGCUGCCAGCUUUCCCAUUUUAAGAAGAAAAACAACAAAGGCCAUCUCUAGAAAUUAAAACCCGGCUUAUGCUUUUGCUCAGGGUGUCCCCACUGGUUUUCCACCAUCCAUUUCUCUAUCGAUCCCUUCUUGUUGAGCCGUCUUGCUCAUGCCUGCCCUCAGCACCCCAUCCUCCAAAACAGGGUUCCUCGAGGCCCCUGCCUAAGGGUCCGAGGCCACCACAGGGUGGCCUCCGGCCUCACCCUGCCACUGAGAUAAAAAAGGAGCAGUUUCCACUUGAUUCGGAUAUAAAUGCCAUUUCAGGAGCCGCCACACAUGACACGUGUGUUGCUGUUAAAGUAAGGGGAAGAGAGAGAGGAUUAACUUCAUGGAAAUCACCUCGCAAGACUUUUUUUAAAUCAUUUAAAUAUUUUGCCUCUUUUCAGGCAACCAUCUUUGAGUGCAUCAGAUGGUUUAGCAACACACGGUUUUUCCUUAGGGAUGAUUUUGUAAGGGGUCGAGGGCUAUUGUAAUAAAAAAAAAUCAAAGCCCCUUUUCACUGGAGUGGCCAGGGGGUUGGGGUUUGCCAGGUAGUGCCAAGUCUGCAGCUCGGUGGGGUGGUCUGGUCUCAACUGAAAAUGUUUGGUUUCAUUCCAGUUUCUGUUCAACAACAACAUAAUCUGACCCACCUCCACCCCACUGCCCGCCUCUGCUCGGAGCCCGCACCCGACUAGCAGGCUUCGGGGUGGGUAAUCGCGUGUGAGCCCGGCAGACGUUUGCUUUGCACUGAAACUCCCCUCCCCGGCUCUGGGUCUUACCCCUUCCCUUUUACUCCUGCCCCCCUUCUUUAAGCACCAGAUCUACAGCCCAGUUUUUGAGGCGAGCAGGAGAGCCACGCGGGGCCCAGAGGAAGGCCUGUGCAGGGCCGCAUUUCCCGGCAGGCGCCGCGGAGACGGCGUGUGGUGAGCCUCUCCGCUCCGUAUUUAUUUUUUUAUUUUUCCCCAGAGGCAUCCAUAGUGCACUAGCAUUUUCUUAAACCAAUAAUGUAUUAAAAUUUUUUGAUGUCAGCCUUGCAUCAAAGGCUUUCUCAAAAAGUACAAUAAACCCUCAGGUAGUGCUGGGAACGUAGGACUUUGCCAUGAGCCCGCUGCGUCAGACCAGUACUGGGAAGGAGGAUGGCCGUGAGCAGUGGGCAUUUCAUGACACUGGGUAAAGUGAGAGGAGCUUUGGCAUUUGUGUAUAGAGCAGUGGGAUAAUAUAUAAUGAACACUUGGAUAUUUAACAUACAUGACGGGAGAUGACUUUGUCCGGUUAUUCCCCUCCCUGGUUUUAUCUGAUAGACCUUUGUUCUCAAUCACUGCUUUCCCCAUGUGUAUUAGAAUGCAUGUUUGGUCUUCUUGUGUCCUGAUCAAAUACCACGUGCUUGAAAUACUUAGAUCUCUGCUUACUAAAGUGCCCUCGUGUAUGAGUCCAGUCUCCCCUUGCAUGAUCAGACCGUUACGUGGCUGUGGUCCCUGAGACUGUCGCUGAACUACUCGCCGUUCGGCACUGGAGGGAUGUGUUCAGUAGCAGAUAUUUGCCUAAUUCCUGGCAUGACACUCCGGUGACUUCCUGGUGAGGCCCGGCCUGUCCUGGUCCAGCUGGGCCCCACUGUAACUCAGACAUUCCAGGGGAUGGGAAGCCAUAGUCACACCUCACGCUCUGGACAUUCAGGCAAGCAGGGUCCCCUGCACACACACCUUUGGGAUCAGCCUCCACCAUCCCAAGUUCACAUUCUUCUUGCAAAGACUGUGAUCUGGAACCAAGGCAACUGUUGGAAACCACACUUCUUGAAGCAGCCUGGAUGAUGAAGGUCCCUUGGAGUCAGCUGGCUGCUGUCGCAUUCGGGAGGGCCUUGCUGAGAGAGGCGUGUCUGCCCCUGCCCUUGAACCCUGGGGACUGAUGGUGCUCACGACUCUUCCUGCGAGGGGAACUUAAGACCUCCACGUUAAGUGGCUUUUUUAACAAGAAAAAAAGGCAGCUGUAGCUCACGAGCUGCUCUUUUGCCAGCAUUUUCACAUUUUGCCUUUCACGUGUUAGAAGCCCGUGCAGAGGAGUUCUGUGGAGGGAACAUGCGAGGCGCCGCCCGCGGGCCUUGGUGAGGUGUGGAUACGGCCAGGUGCCAGGCUCUAAGCAGUUCGAGUUGGGCUUGCUUGUUUGUUUCGGAAGUCCUGUAUAUGUAUGUAGUAGUCUGGGUGUGUAUAUAUAGUAGCAUUUCAAAAUGGAUAUACUGGUUUAACCUAUCCUUGGCAACAGAUGGCUCUCCAUCUUGUUACACGUAUGUUAGAGAAGUAGCGAGCUGCUCUGCUAUAUGCCUUAAGUCAAUAUUUACUCAGCAGGUCAUUAUUUUUUACAAUGGCCAUGGAAUAAACCAUUUUUACAAAAAUAAAAACAAACAAAAAAAGCGAGGUGUUUUGGUAUAAUACCUUUUCAGGUGUGUGUAUAUGUGGAUGCAUGAUGGGGUGGGGGGGCGCAUCUCAGGGUCUUCUGUGACCUCACAGAACUGUCAAACUGUACAGUUUUCCAACUUGCCAUAUAAAUGAUGGGUUUGCAUUUUAGUUGCAACAAUAAAAAUUUUUCUUUCUAAAGAACAUGGAUUUGGGGUGCUUUCCAGUUCUUUGCACAACAGGCUAAACCAGGAAGGGCAGCCAUGCUGCUUUCCGUCCCUGCAUGGGGGCAGGUGUCGAGCAGGGGUAUAGUUUUCCACAUCGAAGAACCACGAGGGCCUCCUGGGCCCUGAGUGCCUCUGUGCUGGGCAUAUUCCCUUACGGGGAGUUCCCUUAGCACCUCCGGCCUCAGCCCUUGGAAGACCCAGGGCCCUGGGAUAACUGAAGAAGCUUGCACAAGUUGUUUGAAGAACUGUUCAGACCUCAAGGACGUGCCUCUUGCCCGGCUGCCUGUGAGACCCCGUGGAGGUUAGCACGUCUCCGUACCUCCGUACAGUCAGUCGAUGUAGAACUGACAUCGAAAUAAUAAGAUUCACAAAAUCCUGUGGUCUUCCUUUCUCGUUCAGGGUUAAAUGUAAAU